CUUUCAAUUAUCUUUAUGUUGGGAUGAGUUGGUUGGUAAAGAAGUGCAGAACGAAAAAAUUAUGGAGCAUCCACAACAACCCACAAAUAGGAUACAAAACAUAUCAAAGAUUGUUGAAGAAACAGUAGAAGAAGGUGCUUCACUAGAGACCUUACACCCAGCCUCCUUACCUUCUAAAAAGGAGGCAUCAAUUACUGCAAGUCCCAACCUCACUGUCCAUCCUACUGGAGAUAGAACUAUUAGUGCAACUUCCAAAAUUUCUGAAGGAGAAGAGGAAGAGGAAGAGGAAGGUGGCUUGAUCACAACUACAAGACACCGACGUGGCAUGCAAGCAGUGAGUUCUUCGUUGGGAAAAGAGCACAAGACUUCCAUUCAUGGUGAGAAAACAUCCAAGUCCAUCUUGCCAUUGAGUCCUAUGUCAUCAAAAGCUCCAACAAGUCUCAAGAGAACCCCUUCAUUAACUCCUUCAUGUAACCUGACAAAACCAGAACAAGAGUCAUCAUAUUCUAAAGGCCAAAUUAUUAAAAAUCACGGUGUGACAAUGUCAGAACUUGUUGGUGAUGCACAAUUAUCAGCAUUUCGAUCUUUUCCUCCAGCAAAUAUGGCACCUUCUUUUGCUGAGCCAAAUCAAGCUUCGGCAGUUCUUGGGGCGCAAGAGAUAGUUGAUAUGAUGAAACUAGAGGGUCUUAAGCCUUCCUUACUAGCAGAGGCAUUCAAGAUUCACCCACAACUACGUCUUCCUACAAAUGAUCGAAGCAAAUGGAUGUUGUGUAAUUCCUAUAGGGUACUUCUUAAUAUCUUGAACAUUCUGACAACCAAGACCCCAUUCACAAUCACUGAGGCAGACAAGAUGUUGUUGGCAGACAAUUUAAAGGAUGCUCAUUUUGUGGGUUUUGACAAGAACUGGCUUGAGUCUGUGAAAACUAGGGUUUUGGAUUGUAAUAUAUCUCAAUUUGAUCGCAUCCAAGAAGAUCUAAAGGGUUUAGAAGAUGAUAUGAAGAUCAAUGAAUCAAUGCUUGAAGCCAUUUGUGAGGAGGAGGUGGAGAUUGCACAAGAGGUUGAAGUUGCUCAAAAGGAGUUAGAUGCAGCUCAACACAAGCAAGCAGAUGUUAUAGCUCGUCAUGCUCAUCUUUUGAAGGCACACCAAGACAUUCUGUCACAGUGGCAUAAAUGUUGGGAAAUAAUCGCUGCUAAAAAUAGACAUUUUGGAAUUUAGCAGCUUGAAUUUCAGUAUUGUAUGUGUACUUCAUUUUAUAAAUUGUUCAUUGCCUUUCCCCCAUCAAUGUCGUACUUUUUUAAUUUUCAUGGGAGCAUUAUUAUUUGUUAAUCGCAAACUAUACAACA